GUUACCUCAUUUACCCAAAAAAAAUAAAAAAUAAAAAAUCCUCAUACAUGCAGAUCCACCCCCAAAGAGACGAGAAACGACGUCGUCAAGCCCACUGAAAAUUGACAAAGAGGUUCGUUCUCCUAGUCCACUUUAACGGCCGGAAAGGAUAAAUAUUUUUCCCUUCAAAGAUGGUAGUCUCUUUUUUCAUCAAUCAUAAGCAAUCACCUGAACACAAUCCGUUACGCCAACCUAUUUGAUGUCGUACACGUUCAUUUGCACCAAACUUUCCGUCUACCACCUCACACCCUAACCGACCUCCGGCCCCCUCACAGGAGCCUAAACAACAAGUUAUCUCCCAUCGGCCCCUCCGAUCUGAGACCAAAAUGUGAGUACGGACGUUGCUUCGACGUCAAUUAGAGCGCGGACGAUAAGAUCAACGGCACCAGCUACUCGUCUCCAACUUUAAUCUCAUCACAGCCGUCCAUCUCUCGUCGUCGCACGGGCUUUGCCCCAUAGUACUUACACCCGCGUCGCACCAUAACAAUCUCUCUAUCUCUGCCGGCGAGUCACAAAAACGGAGAGAUUUUACAUGGAAGGAAAGUUGCAGAAGGGCGGAGAACUCGUGCUUGAAACACUCGUUCUGAUUCGGGCAAGCAAAUCGGGUUGAGCUUGGCUCGAGAGCUCGCAACAACCGAGUUCGCCAAGCCACGCGGUGAUGAGAGGGAGCUUGUGGAACCGUCGAACGGUACAGAGGCUGCGGCAGGCGUUGAUCUCGACCGUUGGAUCCAUGAAGAUCAAGCUUCUGCUCUGCUGUUGUAUCGGCUUCACGCUCAUCGCGCUCGCCAGCCGAGCUUCGGACUUUAUGGGAUGGACCAAUCACACUGCUGCUCUGGAGCGGUUCUCUGAUUCACGGAAAGGAUAUUCUAUUGUAAUGAACACUUGGAAGAGAUAUGAUCUUUUGAAGCAGUCAAUUUCUCACUAUUCUAGAUGCCCUCGGCUUGAUUCGAUACAUAUUGUGUGGAGUGAGCCAAGUCCUCCUUCAGAUUCUCUGAGAAAAUUUCUAUACCACAUUGUACAAUUGAAUACUAGAGAUGGGCGACAAGUUGAACUGAAAUUUGAUAUCAAUACCGAAGACAGCUUGAACAACAGAUUUAAAGAAAUUAAGGAUCUGAGAACAGAUGCCAUUUUCUCAAUUGACGAUGAUGUUAUAUUCCCUUGCCCUUCAGUAGAAUUUGCUUUCGAUGUUUGGCAAAGUGCAUCAGAUACAAUGGUUGGAUUCGUGCCUCGCAUGCACUGGGUUGAUCCGACCAAAGGUGAUAAGAAUCGCUACAUUUAUGGUGGAUGGUGGUCAGUUUGGUGGACAGGUUCAUACAGUAUGGUACUGUCUAAGGCAGCCUUCUUCCACAAAAAGUACCUAAGUCUGUACACAAAUGAAAUGCCAGCAUCAAUCAGAGAAUUUAUAACCAAGAACAGGAACUGUGAAGACAUUGCGAUGUCUUUUCUCGUAGCAAAUGCAACUGGUGCUCCUCCAAUAUGGGUGAAAGGUAAGAUAUUUGAGAUUGGUUCAACUGGAAUCAGUAGCUUAGGAGGUCACAGUGAAAAAAGAACCCACUGCAUCGACAGAUUUGUUGCCGAGUUUGGGCGAAUGCCAUUGGUACCGACGUCUGUGAAGGCUGUUGACAGUCGCAACAUCUGGUUUUGGUGAUUCCGGAGCUUACAUUUCCAUCAAUCAAAUUGCUUCAGUCCUGUUAGAGUUAUUCUGGUACUUCUUUGUUCCUGAGUUGUAUAAUAUUGAAUUCUAGGAAAUGUAUGCCAUUUUGUGACAGCAACUAAUUUAGCACGCCCAUAUAUAGAUUUAUUUUCUUGUAUUCUUACCUUGUAACACGAGGCAGGCAGUUGCUAUAUGAGUAAUGAGAUAGGUCUUUUCCAAAUCUAGUAUCAGGUGGUUGUAGAAACGUACGGUGUUUUUGUGUUUUUGGCAUCUAUGGUUAAAUGACACGCAAGGAAUUUACCACAUUCCAGAAAUUAUACCUCCAGUCCGGAUGAUUCUAUUUUGAAUCUCCUUA